UAUGAUGAUGCUGAUGAUGCUGCCAUUUCAUCAGCAAAUUUUACAAACAUUCUUUCAUCCGUUAUUAUAAGAUUCGAUUUUGCAAAUGGAUUAAAAACAAGCUUUGAUCUUAGAUUCGAUCACACUCCUGCUUCAUGAUUAUGGUUCUCGGUAUGAUUGCGGAAACUAGUUGCAUAGGCUGUUAUUUGUAACAAAAACCUGCUCGGAUGUGAGUGUGGAUGCUUUGCUUGGGGACGCGGCUUGUUUUUCAAACAAUGAAGACGAUGGGUUUUGCCUUUGCAAGACAUUAAGAGGCUUAACUAAGAUCUCAUGAGAUAUGGAAGCUAUAUGGCUAUACCAGUUCCGACUGAUCGUCAUCGGCGACUCGACAGUGGGCAAAUCUUGUCUGAUCAGACGUUUCACAGAGGGGCGUUUUGCGCAGGUGUCUGACCCCACAGUCGGAGUGGAUUUCUUUUCCCGUCUGGUGGAGAUCGAGCCAGGCAAACGCAUCAAACUGCAGAUCUGGGACACAGCUGGACAAGAGAGGUUCAGGUCUAUUACCAGGGCAUACUACCGUAAUUCAGUGGGAGGCCUGCUGCUGUUUGACAUCACUAACCGUCGCUCCUUCCAGAAUGUCCACGAGUGGCUGGAGGAGGCGCGCAGCCACGUGCAGCCACACAGCAUCGUCUUCCUGCUGGUGGGCCACAAGUGUGACCUGGAGCCGCAGCGGCAGGUGAGCCAGCAGGAAGCGGAGAAGCUGGCGGCCGCCUACGGCAUGCGCUACGUGGAGACGUCGGCGCGCGACGCUAUUAACGUUGAGCGCGCUUUCACGGAGCUGACACGUGACAUCUUUGAGCUUGUCAAACGCGGUGACAUCACCAUCCAAGAAGGCUGGGAAGGGGUGAAGAGUGGCUUCGUGCCCAACGUGGUGCACUCGUCUGAGGAAGUGACCAAGAGCGAUCGCCGCUGCCUCUGCUGAUUGACCGUGCCCUGCAGCCGCCAUCAUGCUUCUCCUCCGCAAACCUUGUCAUAUUGUGCUCCUUAAGCUUGGCCUCUUACACUGCCUUGUCGAUCGGUGAGCUCCUGAACACAGCUGUAAAUAGCAGAACCCAGAUCCAUUUUAGGACACGUCUAGGUUCCUCCAACUCCACUCCUGAGUAGUUCUGCAAAAACACAGGCCUUGAUCUUGUUUAAAUAUCAGUUUAAAGCCACAUUUUAUUGUAAAACAGAGAGAGCUCUGAACUAAACUGGAUGGACCAUUCACAGAAGAAAGUGUAACCAGGAAGUGUGUUACAUUAGGAAUCUUUAAAUAAGUAAAUGCAUUGCCUCCUUGACAUUGUCUUGGUCUUUUGAACCCAAGACAAAUUCUGACAUUAGUGUCCUGUUCUCCUGCAAGUGAUUCAUGGAGACAUGAAAAGGGAGAAUCAUACUAAUCAAAUGGUCACCAUAUCUUUUUCAGUUGGUACAUUGUGUUUUACAUUAUUAUUAUUAUUAUUAUUAUUAUUAUUAUUAUUAUUAUUCUCUGCUAUUUAUAUCAUUUUAAACAAUGUGAUCUCUGUCCACAGGAAUCAUGCAGUGAGCUUUUUACUGAACUUACUUGCUUAUCUGGUUUGCAUAUCUAACUCCAUUACUGCUGUGAAUACAAACUUCAUAAUUUGGUUAUUCAUAAAUGAAUUACAUGGAGUCACUUCUGAUGUUUGACUAUUAAUCGGGGUGUCGAGGUGGAAUAUUUUGGAGGUUUGAAGAAGCUCAAGGUUGUAACACAAACACUGGUCAAUCACCUGUCAUUGGUCGCUUUCUGUUUAGAAAUUUGACAUAGCUUUUAAUAUAACAUUUUAUUGUCUUAUCCUCGCUAUUAUUCUAGCAUCUUGUCUCUUUUUCCUUUCUGAUCCAGUCUUUAAACGAACAUUCGGAAUGGGAUCUUCUUUAGAGCUUUAACUCUUUCAUAUCCAUGGAAAACAAAUGUAUUGUUUGACUAUUAACCAAUACAUUGUCAUUUAACAGGUUGAAACAACUAUUAGCUACUGUAUGUAUUUAUUGAUCUUGUAUGAAAGAUGAAAUGUAAUACCAAUAAAAUGUGACA